UUGUAUUAUAUUUUUUAUUAAAAAUUUUCAUUGUCUAACACAUAAAAAUUUUUUCCAAUUAAUUUCACUUCUGUACAUUUCCGUGUGUCUACAACUAACUCAAUAAUUGUAUUAAUAAUAUUACCAUUUUUCUAAUGUCUGCUGGAUUAAUUUGGGAGCGUUGUAGGCUUAAUGAUGAACUUAGUAAGCUCAUAGCAGUCCCAAAUUACAACACAAACUCAUACAAUCACAACUAUUACUGUAAUAAUUUACAAUAUGACGGCGUGAGGGACGAGGCGAGAUGUGUUUUGGGAAGUACAAACUGUUUUCGGAAUGAUAUUUACUCGUUACCACCUGGCGUGGAUUCUAAAGUCACAAAUCUCUACCCUCUGUUACACCAAAUCUAUGAUGAAAGCCAUGCGUUAUCUGAGUACGAUCUACAGAAAUUAGCACACAAUAUUUUAAAUAAUAAUUACCCCCAAAAUCAACUUAAUUUUACACAGUACCGUGACUCUAAUACACAUUAUAGAGAUUCAUAUCCGCAGUAUAGAGAUAGCACGUGUUAUCGUGAGUAUUUGGAUGGUAUGGGCGGCUAUAAAACGCCCACAUCAGUGUUUAGGAAUAUAUUAAAUGACUAUAGACCUUAUGAUACUAAUGGUGUGAGUGAUCCCAGAGGCUCAAAUUUUACCAGCUACACCAGGCCAACUAACCUUUUCAACACUAAUUUAACAACCAUUCAAUCACAAUCUGAGACUCCCGAGUAUCUUAAUCGUGUUGAUAAUGUAAAUUUGGAUAUUCCAGCGGCUAUCCCAGUGGAUACAAUGGACGUUAAUCCUAACACUAUGGAAAAUCUAUCUGUGGAUAAAGUUAAUAAUAUGUUCAACACGCCAAAUUAUCUCAAUUCCGUCAAUUACACAGAUAAUCUACCAUAUCACAGAAAUAAUGAAUAUAGACCCUAUGACCAGAGGACUAACGAGUAUAGGGGGUAUGACCAGAGAACUGACUAUAGAGUGUAUGAUAAACCGGACUAUGGGUAUGAGAUGUAUAAUAGUGUGGAGAGAAGUGUGGAUGAAUUUAGGAAGGCGUUUCAGCCUGGGAACGAGUAUAGAAAUGAGUAUACAACUGUGGAAACACCAAUUGCAGAUACCACAAGGGUAAAUGAGAACUACAAUGACGAAUUUGUCUCGUCAUUCCCCUUUGAAAAGAGCCUAAACAACUACUUUCACAAUGACUACUACGAUCAUUUCCAGGGGUAUAACAGAGAUAUGAGAAUGGAUGCGGGAGUGAAUUUUAACCCGAAUUCACCGCUAAAAUCAAUGAUGAAUGACGAUUAUCAGUACAACUAUCACACAUACGUCACGCCUCAAAGACCAUUCUACUAAUUUUUUACACUCUACA